AUGUAAGCGGCUUCGACACCAGCUAAAUUAAUUGGUAAAUAAGUUCUGCGGACUAAUUCAUUUCACAGACCAAACCCCUCAUUAUUUAAUUAUCCUGGUCUAAAUACCCAGCCAUUUUUUGACAAUCACGAUAAAUUCCCAUUUGUCAAAGAAUUCGAAAGUAACCUUGAUGAAAUUAAGCAAGAAUAUUUAAAUCUGAAAACAGCUUAUGGAGAGAAAGAUGAUUAUGUUAAGUAACAGAACGAGCAUACUCUAAAUAAAGGAGGAUGGAGAUGGAUGAGUUUCGUAAGUAAAGGAACUUUGAGUAAUUAAGAAGAGUUUGCAAAGCAUUGUCCUGUAACUAGUGAUUUACUUUUGAAUAAGAUUAGCUAAUCUGGAUUCAAGUUAAUGACUGGUACUCCAUUUAGCUAUACGUUUUUUUCAGUUAUGCAACCAGGAACAUCUAUUGAUCCACAUUAUGGCGCCUCAAAUCUGAAAUUGAGAUGUCAUUUUCCUUUAUAUAUUCCGAAUGAAGCUUAUCUGAGAGUUGCAGAUGAUCCAAGACCUUGGAAAGAAGGUAAAAUGAUGAUAUUUGAUGAUAGUUAUGAACAUGAAGCAGCAAACCUAUCUAAAGAUCAAGAGAGAGUAUUGCUUUUGUUUGAUAUAUGGCAUCCCGAUCUGCAUGCUGAUGAGAUUGCUUAGAUUUAAAUGAUGUUUAAAUAGGUUGAGGAUAUGAUUAAAUUCAGAUAGAGCAAAGUUAAGUAAUGA